UCCAGCCACUAGUGCAGAGAGUGACUGCCACUCUUGGCACCUCCCUGCCGCUAUCCAGCUCCUCAGCAUCUGGCACAGGACACAAAUUCAUCUCUGCUCCUCACUCUCCAGCAACGGUCCCGCACCAGGACCCCCCUCCGCGCUCCCUGCCUCUCGCUUGACCUGUGCCUCCGACCCCGCAGCUGGGCCAUUUCACAACACAGAGCUUUGGCCAGACGCGCAGCACCCUUCCUCCAGCCUGCUGCAGCGACAGCAAAGCCCUGCUGAGACCACAUGGCCACUUCUGGAAAAGUUAUCAGAUGCAGAGCUGCUGUCAUCUGGGCCGCGGGCAAGCCAUUCUCUCUUGAGGAGGUGGAGGUUGCACCUCCAAAGGCAGGUGAAGUCCGUAUCAAGAUCGUGGCCACGGGCAUCUGUCACACGGAUUACCACGUUUUGAAAGGUACCUUUCCUGGUGCGAAGUUCCCAGUCAUUCCAGGCCACGAAGGAGCUGGGAUUGUGGAAAGCGUUGGAGAAGGCGUGACCUCCGUGAAACCAGGAGACAAAGUCAUCCCCUUUGCCGUACCACAUUGCGGGGAAUGCAGCUUCUGCCUGAAUCCUGAAUCCAACUACUGCCUGAGGGGACACUUCACACAAUCCCAAAACCUGCUGCCUGACAAGACCAGCCGUUUCACUUGCAAAGGAAAGCAGAUCCACCACUUCUUUUGGACCAGCACCUUUGCAGAAUACACCGUGGUCCCUGAGUAUGCUGUUGCCAAGAUAGACGCUGCUGCACCUCUGGACAAAGUCUUCUUGUUCGGUUGUGGCUUUUCUACAGGCUACGGGGCUGCCAUCAACACUGCCAAGGUAAAACCAGGCUCCACGUGCGCUGUCUUUGGCCUUGGAGGAGUCGGCCUCUCUGUUAUCAUAGGCUGCAAGGCAGCUGGAGCUUCCCGCAUCUUUGCCAUCGAUAUCAACAAGGAUAAGUUUGUCAAGGCCAAGGAGCUGGGUGCCACCGAAUGCAUCAGUCCUCAGGACUUCAACAAGCCCAUCCAGGAGGUGAUCACUGAGAUGACCGGAUAUGGUGUGGACUAUUCCUUUGAGGCCAUUGGGCUUCCAGAUACCAUGAUUGCUGCCCUGGCCUCCUGCAACAUGAACACUGGUGUCUGCGUGAUGAUUGGGCAGCCGCCUGCUGAUUCAGUACUUUCCCUUGAUCCUAUGCUUCUGCUGACUGGGCGUACCUGGAAGGGGACUCUGCUUGGAGGUUGGAGGAUGAAAGAUUCUAUCCCCAAAUUAGUUUCCAGCUAUUUGGAGAAGAAAAUCAACUCAGACUUGUUGAUCACGCACACGCUGCCGAUUGCUGAAGUGAAUGAAGGAUUUGAGUUGUUACGAGCAGGAAAAAGUAUUCGCAGCGUCCUGCUCUUUUGAAGGACACAGCCACACGACAUCCAGCAGAGGAACCAGCACAGCAGACACUCUCCUGACACAGACCCUUCUCGCUCAGCAUCUCCCUUUGUCAGGGGCAAAGAGACGAGCACGACGAACUCGGUGACGCCGCUGCCUCUUGACAACGCUUCCACGCCCGGCCAAGACCCCAAAGUACACCUCUUUGAAUCAAAAGCU